AAAAAGAAACAAGUAAACUGUUUAUGAACUCUUAAGUUACAAAAUUUGCAAAUCUGCUCUAAAGAUGGGAUGUUAUGACAGAAAACUUAAUGCGCUGUUGUCCUUGUAUUCAAUAUUAAGGGACUGAGAAUAAAAGUGUAAUUUAAAACAGAAGUAUCCUAAUGCUGCAAAUCAGCUUAGAGAAAGAGGCGGCUUAGUGAGGAAAAACAAAAUCUGCUGAGGAAUUCUUAAACUGGUCGCAACAGAAUAAUAUGGAGUCAGUGAAAAGUGACAACACACCUGUCAGCUUACUUCAGCUACCAGCAACAGCAGGCUCUACCACCUUUACUGUGUUUUCCUCAUCAGUUGCUGCCGUCAGUGGACUGCUUCUUGGCUACGAACUGUGUAUUAUAUCGGGAACUCUCCUGCAGUUGCACAGUUUGUUAGGAUUAACUUGCCAACAGCAAGAGUUGGUAGUCAGCGCACUCCUAUUUGGUGCUGUAGCAUCUUCUGUUGUUGGAGGAUUUAUACUCGAUAGAUAUGGAAGAAGGAUUACUAUCAUAGUGACCUCGUGUCUGCUUGUGCUGGGAAGCCUUGCUUUGAUAUUCUCUGUAUCGUAUGUAAUUCUUAUCGUGGGUCGUAUAAUUAUUGGAACAUCGGUAUCAAUGUCAGCUGUUGCAACAUGUGUCUACAUAGCAGAGAUUGCUCCAGCACAGAGAAGAGGUUUUCUGGUAUCCUUAAAUGAACUCAUGAUUGUCGUUGGUAUCCUCUCAGCAUACAUUUCUAACUGCAUAUUUGCAACUGUUACUAAGGGCUGGCAGAUCAUGUUUGGUUUAGUUAUACCACCAGCUACACUUCAGGCUGUUGUCAUGUACUGUCUUCCACCAAGUCCUCGAUUUUUAAUUAAAAGUGGCCACAGUGAAGCAGCUGCUGAUGUACUAGAAAAACUACGGGCCAAGGUUGACAUCUAUGAUGAAUUAGAUUACAUCAGGGCCUCUCUCAAAGAAGAGGGGCAAUAUAGUUUUUGUGAUCUUUUUCGCUCAAAAGACAACAUGAGAGCCAGGAUGUUAGUUGGAAUCUUCCUUGCCUUAUUUGUGCAAAUUACAGGACAACCCACCAUUUUAUUUUAUGCCUCAACCAUCUUCAAGUCUGUAGGAUUUCAUAGUAAUGUUGCUGCAACUCUAGCAUCUGUUGGGAUUGGUGUGGUUAAAGUGAUGGCUACGAUCCCAGCGACACUCCUUGUAGAUCGAGUUGGCAGCAAGACUUUUCUUUGCAUCGGCUCUCUUAUGAUGUCAUUGUCUUUGACUGCCAUGGCAUUGGUGAGUUUCCAAAUCCCUAUAAACUUUGGCAGUAUUUGUGGCAGUCACGGCCUUACAAACCAUUCUUGGGUAAAUUCAGUUAUCCACUUGACAAACAAUACACAUAUGAACCAUGACUCUAAAAUGAGCAAUUUUUCUAAGCAAGCUUCUAACUUUACAUCACAGAUUUUAUUUGCAUCACUUGCCACCACAGCAGGAAAGAAAAUAAAUAGUUCCUGGAACAUGUCGGCAUUUGUAACUUUAGAAGAAAGGACCACUGUGCUAGGCAAGACUGCACAUACUGUAGUCUUAGAAAUGAACUAUGUUCCAAGUGUAUUUAAGUGGCUGUCUCUAGCCAGCCUACUUAUAUAUGUUGCUGCUUUUUCCAUAGGACUUGGUCCAAUGGUCUGGUUAGUGUUGAGUGAGAUUUUCCCAGCGGGUAUCAGAGGCCGAGCUAUGGCAAUAACCUCAAGUGUGAACUGGGGUGCAAAUCUUCUUAUCUCCUUAACUUUCCUCACUGUGAUUGAAACAGUGGGACUGCCUAAAGUACUUUUCAUCUAUGCCUUCCUGUGUCUGAUGUCAGCAAUUUUUACCAUUAUGUUUGUACCCAACACAAAGGGGCAGUCUUUGGAGCAGAUAUCAAAGCAACUGUCAGACAGGUCUUACAUGAAAAAAGCCAUAUGCUGUGCUGUCACGAUUCCGAAAACACAUGCACCGUCAGAGCUGCUAAAUAACAAACAAGGAAGUCAACUAUUAUAGACUGCUUGGAUGGUUAAUGUUCACCAUACACUAAAAUGAAAAUCACCAUCACAUUAUCAGGAAUGGUUGCUGAACAAUGAAGAGUUUGUGUUUCAUUAAGCAAAAUCCAUUCACUGUCUCUGUUUGGCCUGCAAAUAAAUGUACUGUUUAUUUCCAUUAGUGCAUAAAGUAUAUGAGGAGCGGGCUAGCCUUGGCACUAUUUCUCAUCAAAGAUACAUUUGCCUGUUUUUUUUUGUUACCUGUCCUAUUAGAUAUAAUCACAAGAACACAAUCCAGCAUUAAAAAGCAGAUACCAUAGUAUUCAAAUACAGCACAAGUGAUUUUAUUUUGGGUCCAUAGUCUCAGAUAAACUGGUUUCAACACAAGCCUUCCAUCAGUAUUUAAUCUGUUCAGACCAAAAAGACUGCCUUAUAUAACCUCCUAAUGAUGUCAUUAUCAAAUAGUGACCAUUCCAUACAAAAUAAAGUGCAAAGUAUGUAAAUAAAUCCCAAAAUAAAUACACCACUGCAUAAAUGCAACAUGCAUGAUGAGAACAAAUAUAGCAAUGAAUGAAUUUCUGAACCUUCAAAAACUUAAUCUUAAAAGUGUUCUUUCAAAACAGAUGUAAACAAAGCACCCAAUAUGACAUUCCAAUGUUUUUCUAUUUUGUCCAACAUGUGUUGCCAACCUGGACCUUUUAUAGAUAUUCUGUCUAUCCCUGUAAAUGUAAAGGAGGCAUUAUGGUACAUAGACACACAUGAAAAAGUGAUCUUGUUUAAGUACCAUAAUGCCUCCUUUACGUUUAUAGGGAUAGACAGAAUAUCUAUAAAAGGUCCAUAUAAAUUAGGUAGGCAACCGAUUUUUGACAAAAAAAAAUGUGCUUGUUUUGUUGAGUGCUUUUUUUAAACCUGGCUUGAAUGAACAUUUAAAUAUGAAGUUUUUAUUAUUGCAUUUAUAAAAUGGUGUGUUUAUUUAUCUACUUUGUACUUAUUUCAUAUGUGCUGGUCACUGUUUGAUGAUGUCAUAAUUUAUCUAUGAGACUACAGACAAAAAUAAAAUCAGUUGUUCUGUAUUUGAGAUCUGUGGUGUGUACUUUUAUGUGUUAGAUAAUGUUCUUUGUUUGAUUUCCAAGCACUUUAUACACCGGGAAACUGCAUUUAUGAGCUUCUGUUUUUGGAUUUUUCUCUUCGAUGUAAUUCCAGGUCAGUAACUAAAUGAGUCAGAGUUUGUGCUUUAUUUAAAUUAUUUAUUUAUUCAGUUGUGAAAGACCAGACUGAACUUUCUUAUUAAAAAAAAGCUCUACAGGUCUGACAUGAUGGUAAAUUAUGAAUUUCAGUUGUUAAAUUUAAAAGAAAUCUGGAUGCUUAUUUGAUCAGAAUUGGGUGUAUUUUUAACUUUGCCUGGAAAAGAACUUGUUUAUAUUACACACUCUCCUUCUAUUAAUCUUAUUUCUUCUAGUUUAACCAGUUAAACCUCACUAGACAGAACUGUUUGGUUUUAUGGUAAUCUUUUGACUCUGUACAUGUCUGUCAGUUAGAUCCUACUAGAUGUAAUUUAUUCACAUUGUAUUACCUUAAUUACAAUAAUUUGGGAAAAUCUAUUAUCUGUUAAUAGUAUUGCCUGGAGGUAAUGUAACAAUUCCUGAAAAUCACACAUACACCUAAUAUUAUGACAAAACAGAAAAUGUACCUUCCCCUAGUGUUUUUUUUUUCCUUCAGCUGUGAAGCAGCUGUUCAAGUGGGAUUACAGUCUGUCACUCUGCUACUUAAUAAUGAAACACCUGACCUUCUGGAAAUUAAUGUUUUACAUUAAACAUGUUUCCAACUGA